UUGAGGUGAUGAAGGUGCCUUUGAUUUCCAAAUUCUCUUUGUUGUUUUUCUUCAUCAUUUUUGGAAAAAAAAUUCGUCUUUGCGAAUUUCAUUGCGAAGACUGUGGUUGCGAAUAAACUUUUUCCGUUUCACCCGUCAUCAAACGACAACCUAAAGCGACACAUAUUCGCCGAGUACACCCUUACAUCUUCCGACUCAAGUAUUGGGAUAGAAUUCAAAGCAAAAAUGGUGUCUUCAAUCAUCAAUGUCGCGCUGCGCGGUGUACAAGCGCUCUUUGGCAUCAUUGUACUCGGCCUUAGCGUGACGCUCAUCCGCGGCCAUCACUGGGGCGAUCUUCCUGCCGGCUUGGGCUAUGGCGCAUUUGUCGGCGGACUGUCCUUUGUAACUGCAUUUAUAGGGUUGGCUGCAACAUGGUUUGACUUUUUGGGUGGCAUGGUUGGGCUUAUCAUCGACGGCGUCGUUGCGCUCGUGAACCUUGCUGGUGGUGUUCUCUUCGUUAUUAAACUAGCAGGCGUGGACUGCAAAGUAAGCGCCGAAGAUCCCGGCAACGUGAAAAAGAUGGCUGAGAACAAGUGGUUCAAUGGUGGUUGCCUUGGAUCCGGACUCUGCUGGAAUAACUACAAAUAUGGCAAAAACCCCUCGAAGGAAAUAGCUGUAUUUGAGGGCCAUUGCAAGGAAGCUAAAGCCGAUACCGUCUUUAUGUUCCUAACCGCUGUUGUCAUGAUUGUCUGUGCGUUGCUGGUUUGGUUGAGGAUGAGGAGGGGCUACUGAGCAAGAAGAAGUCAUUAGUUUAUCUUGUGACACCCAGCUUUUAACCCAGCACCAAGUAUAAGAAUACCAUAUCCGCUGCAAAGUAGAGUUGGCAAUCUCGAAACUGGUUUUGUAAUGGUGGUAUUUUCUCAGCAUACGAUACCCAGGUUUUCUUUCCAGUUGCUGUUUUCUUGGAUGUUACCAUCUGUCAGAUGUUAGCAGUGAACACGAAUUCAUAAAUGGAUUUCAGUACUUGUUUCGUGCACCGUCAACUCAAACUUGUGUUCAACCCUUGAGGUGAUACUAGAAACAAACAAAUCGAGUAACAAUCCCUCGGCCUAUCACUUACACCCAAAGAGAAUCAAAAUUUCUUUCCAUCUCUU